UAUAUCAUUUGGUACAAGAUCUUGAUGUGAAGUAACAUAAUUACUUAAUUAGCUUAUGAAUAAUUGUAAGAUUACAAGUUAGGAGUAUUUAAGAAGGAACGUCCUAAGCAAUGCAACCACGCACACAAUCAUAGCAGAGUACUUGGCAAUUAGCAUACUAUUGCAUUAUAAUUAGACAUUAGAUUAAACAAGCCUAAAUGUUUUUUAAGUUCCUUCUUUGUUCUUUUGUUUUCUGCUGUUGUAAAAAUAAUAAAAUAAAAAAAUUUAAAUUUAAAAAUAAUAAUAAAAAAAAAAGGAAAAUCAGAUCCAGUGAUAUCUACACAAAGGGAAUGCAAAAGCAGCUCCUUAUUAUAUGCGUUCUUGCACAUGCACACACCUUCAAGACAUCUACCUACUUAUGCGCAGUAAAAUUAACCAAAACUAUACAGCAGUAAUCUCCUACAUGCCCCCUAAGCCCUAAUAUAAUUACAAUCUACCCCAACUGGUAACCAUAACCUGCAAAAAACACUCGGCUCAAUACCAUGCUUCAUUUAAGUUACAUUCACGGCAUUAGAAAUGGCCCUAUACCAAUAACGUUAGAAAACUUCUUCUGGCGUCUCUGAAGACACCAAACUCAAAAAGAACAACAAUCCAUCUUACCAAAAGUCUAAGCUGGUUUUUUGCUCAAUCAGGCAAUGUAUGACUGUAUGAGUCACUAUGGACCAUAUUAAUCAAUAAACGCAAAGUUUAUGACAAAAAUGAAAGUUGAACCUUUGAAAGCAAAUUUAGUAGAGACAGCAUUAUCCUAUUGUCGACCAACAACCCCAUGCAACAUUCUCUAAUAUUAAUGCAGCUUCUAUGUGACUUUUGAACCACAGCAUAAUCUUCUGUUGGAACUGUAAAUUGUGUGGUGUGCAGCAACAGAUGUUCUAAGCAACAAUCUGAGUUGUAAGUAUCAAGUUGAUUGUUGUAUAACCUCAAAGCCAAUACUGACUAUACCUCAACCCAAAGAAUAUUUCAAGUUUUCUGUCACUGUCUGAUCGUGAUCCGAUAUCUGUGACAGAUACAAGUCAUUCAACUACCCUCAAGUUGUCUUCUCAUCAAAAAACCACAAACUCAUCAAUCAUACAUUUACUACAGCCCUAUCCCACCCCUGAAUUUCGUUCAAUAAGACCAGCAAAAAAAAUUCCUCAUAGUUAUAAACCUUCACUGUGAAAAGGUAACCAUGAAGAGCCCAGUACCUGCAGUUGAAGCAAAAAGCCAGGAGAGUGACAGCAAUAACGCAGAUCAAAUCAUACUUCCCACCAGAAUCAACAAUGUAGAUUACACAUUUGAGAAGAACGGUAAUUCAUGGUUCGUGACUUCUGAUAUCCAGACUGAUCUAUCAAUUCAAAUCGAAGAAAACACCUUUCACAUGCAUAAGUAUGCACUACUUACAAAGAGUGGUUACAUAAGCCGGGUAGCAUUUCAGCCCACAAGUUCAAGUUUAGAGCACAACAUCAAACUUGACAACUUUCCAGGAGGACCGGCAGCUUUUGAAGAAGUAGCGAAAUUCUGUUAUGGCCUUCCCAUAGAUCUAGGCCCCAACAAUGUAGCCCCUUUGAGAUGUGCAUCAGAAUAUCUAGAAAUGACAGAGGAAUUUGAAGAUGGAAAUCUAAUAUCCAAAACAGAAGCUUUUCUGACAUUUAUAGUACUAGCUUCAUGGAGAGACUCAGUUAUAGUUCUCAAAGCUUGUGAGAAACUAUCUCCCUGGGCAGAGAACCUCCAGAUUGUAAGAAGAUGUUGUGAUUCAAUUUCGUGGAAAGCUUUUCAAGACAAGAAUGAGUUAGUUGAUGAUGAGGCUUGGUGGUUUGAUGACAUAACAACCUUGCGGAUUGACCACUUUGGCAGAAUAAUAGCAGCAUUGAAAUCCAAAGGUACUAAACCAGAUAUCAUAGGUUCAUGUAUCAAGCAUUAUGCAGAAAAAUGGUUGCCAAGCAUGGAUGGGAAUGUAGAAGGGAAAGGACGGCAUUGUUAUGCAAAAAGUGAGCGGCAUUUCAGUAUUAUAAGUGGGAUGAACCAAGAAGGUGACAUCAGCCAAAAUAAGGAGCAAAAGAUGAUUAUAGAAAGCAUCAUCAGCAUACUGCCACCUCAGAAAGAAGCUGUUUCCUGUAAGUUCCUGUUAUGGAUGCUAAAUAUGGCUAUGAUAUACUCUGCAACACCAGCUUUAAUCUCAGAGCUUGAAAAGAGAGUAGGGUCAGUCUUGCAAGAUGCCGAUGUCCAAGACCUCCUAAUUCCAAGAUAUCAUAACAAAGAUCGAGGGAAGCUGAUAAAUUCACCAGAGGAAAAGACAAUACACAACACAGACACUGUGCAGCGAAUAGUGGAAUACUUUCUGAUGCACGAACAGCAACAACAGCAACAGCAGCAGCAGCAGAGGACUGAAGAACUAGAAGUCAGUAAGCUUCUAGACAACUAUUUAGCUGAAAUUGCAACAGACCCCAAUCUCACUAUCUCGAAGUUCCAAGUUCUGGCAGAAGCAUUGCCAGCAAAUACUAGACUAUGUCAUGACGGUCUAUAUAGAUCAAUUGACACCUAUCUAAAGAGCCACCCUUCACUAAUGGAGCAAGAGCGUAGAAGGCUGUGCAGGAUAAUGAAUUGUCAGAGGCUGUCACUUGAUGCUUGCAUGCAUGUGGCACAGAAUGAUCGACUGCCCUUGAAAACUGUUAUACAGGUUCUGUUCUCAGAGCAAGUGAAGAUGAGGGCGGCUAUGCAAAGCAAGGAACAAACAACUGAUGGCAAUGAUCGUGAAAAUGAUGAAAGCUGGUCAACUACAAAGAAAGAGAUGACGACUCUUAGAACUGAGCUUGAGAUAGUAAAAGAUAGGAUGUCAGAACUGCAGAGAGACUACUCUGAGCUCCAACAAGAAUAUAUAAAGCAAAUCAACAAGCAACGGAGCAACUCAGGCUGGAUUUUUCGAUGGAAGAAAAUAAAGAAUCUAUCUUUUUUUACAGAAAAGGCCAUGGAAGAUAUUGGAGAUCAACAAAUAUCCAACCAAGAGAGAAGCACACCUAAUACUGGGAGAAGACAAUCCAUUCACUGAGCAAUUAUCUACGUGAAGUCAGGAGAUAAAAAAUGUCACUAGAAAAAUUAUGUUCUCGUCAUCAUAGUAAUCACCAAAAAGUCUUCUCCACAUCCGUUACAGCCCAGCCCAUGCUGUCAUACUACAAAAGUAUUUUAUCUCCAAGAAGGGAAAGUACAAUUUAUGUAUGAUCUUGUAAGUGAACCAAAACAAUAAGACAAUGAAGAAGUUGAGCACAAGAUUUUAGUACCAAGCAGAUAAUGGAGCACUCAAGAUAUCUUGAAUACAAAUUUUUUUUAAAAAAAUAUAUAUAUAAAAAUGGUGAACAAUAGCGUAAUGUCUAGCAUGCCUAUUACAUUAGUUUCAGAGAUAGGUUUCACAAUAAACAUCUCAACUCCAUGUCAAUGACGAGAUUGGGGUUUUUUUUUCCUUUAAAAUAUAAAGAAAUUCACAACACUCAUUGCCUUUUACAGAUUAAGCUUACUACUAAAUUUUUCUAAAAUAUGAAAAUGGGUUUGGAUAUUAGUCCCUUUUUCUAUACCGAACGGUUCCUUAUGACCAUUCAUAUUAGCCAACCCCAAAUCAUUUUGGGACUAAGGCUUUGUUGUUGUUGUUGUUUGGAUAGCCCAUCAGACCAUGAAGAAAGAGGAGAGUGAACCCACUAUAUGCCCAAGUAAGCUUCUACCCCAAAACCAUUUGAUAAAUUGCAAGAUAAAGGGAGAAUUAAGUAUGUAACUCCCUAAGAGUAGAAGGUGGUAAGCUUCUUACCUUCUAUCCAAUGAGGAUAAUCUCACACGUACAACUAGCACACUUAAAUGGGAUUCGACACUUACAAACUAUGUCAUAACUAUGUAC